AUGCCCCCCAAGAAGGCUACCGCCAGCGCGGCCAAGAAGUCUGCCUCGACUCACGCCUCCUACCGUGAUAUGAUCAAGGUUGCCAUUCUGAAUCUGAAAGAGCGCAACGGGUCCAGCCGCCAGUCCAUUAAGAAAUAUGUUCUGGCCAACAACAAGAUUGCUCCCGCGUCCUCCAACGCCUUUGAUAGUCAGUUCAACAAGGCUAUCAAGGUUGGUGUGGAGAAGGGUGAUUUCCUUCAGCCCAAGGGUCCCUCUGGUCCCGUGAAGCUUGCCAAGAAGGAGACGACUCCUAAGCCUGCUGCUGCAAAGAAGGCUGUUGCCCCCAAGACUGCUGCCCCUAAGAAGGUUGCUGCCAAGAAGACUGAGAAGACCGAAAAGGCCGAGAAGGCUGAGAAGCCUAAGACUAAGAAGACCGGCGCUGGUGUCACCAAGAAGACUGUCGGACGGCCCAAGGCCAACACCGCAAAGCCUCGCAAGGCUAGCACAACAGCUCCUGCUAUUGUCGACAAGCCCAAGAUCGUGAGCAAGACCAAGUCUGGCCGCACGACCACAACAACGGCAAAGCCUGAGAAGCCUACCAAGAAGGCCACAGCAAAGAAAGAGUAA